AUAUGUAUAGAUAUGCCUGACUGGUAAAGUAGGGGGCGGGACUACGGAGAAGUGCUGUCCAUCUAUGUUGAUAGAGAUCUAAAAACCUGGACUAACGCAGUGUCUCCUCACUUUGCUUUUCACGUGGACUAAUUUUUUCUUUCACCAAGGAAAAGUUUUCAUUUGCCGACCUGGCUCCUCCGUUUGGACCCUCCUCUCUGGUUACUGCACAGUGCAAAGGUUGAUAUGCCGCAUCAGUGAUGGAGCCCACGCCUGUGACGACGUCAGUGGUUGGGCUGGAUGAGUUUGACCGCAAUGCCCCAAGGAUUUGUGGCGUCUGUGGUGAUAAGGCCACCGGCUUCCACUUCAAUGCCAUGACCUGUGAGGGCUGUAAGGGGUUCUUCAGGCGCAGUAUGAAGCGUAAAGCCAACUUUACCUGUCCCUUCAAUGGAAGUUGCACAAUCACCAAGGACAACCGACGUCACUGCCAGGCCUGUCGUCUGAAACGCUGCAUUGACAUCGGCAUGAUGAAAGAGUUCAUACUGACAGAUGAGGAAGUUCAGAGGAAGAAAGAAAUGAUCUUGAAGAGGAAGGAGGAGGAGGCAGCGAGGGAGGCAAUGAGACCACGGCUAAAUGAGGAGCAUACCAGGAUCAUCUCUUGCCUGGUGGAAGCACACCACAAGACCUAUGAUGCCUCAUAUGCUGACUUCACCCGCUUUAGGCCUCCAGUCCGUGAAGGUCCUGUAACACGCAGUGCCAGCAGAGCAGCCUCACUGCACUCUUUGUCAGAUUUUUCCUCUGACUCAUUCAACCACUCACCUGAGUCAGUGGACUCCAAGAUGAACUUCAGUAACCUGUUAAUGAUGUACCAGGAUGGUGCAAGUAGUCCAGACUCCAAUGAGGAGGACAGUAAGCUGUCUAUGUUGCCACACCUGGCUGACUUGGUCUCCUACAGCAUUCAGAAGGUCAUCGGCUUUGCCAAGAUGAUCCCUGGCUUCAGGGAGUUGACAGCAGAAGACCAAAUUGCUCUGUUGAAGUCCAGUGCCAUUGAGAUCAUUAUGUUGCGUUCAAAUCAGUCGUUCAGUCUGGAGGAUAUGUCCUGGAGCUGCGGAGGACCUGACUUUAAAUACUGCAUCAGUGACGUUACCAAGGCGGGUCACACUCUGGAACUAUUGGAGCCGCUGGUGAAAUUCCAAGUUGGUCUGAAGAAACUCAACCUUCAUGAAGAGGAACACGUGCUGCUCAUGGCCAUCUGCCUGCUCUCCCCAGAUCGCCCUGGUGUCCAGGACCAUACCCGGAUUGAGCAGCUUCAGGAUCGUCUGUCGGAUGCACUGCAGGCCUACAUCAGGGUCAACCACCCAGGGGGACGCCUUCUUUAUGCCAAGAUGAUCCAGAAGCUGGCAGACCUACGCAGCCUGAAUGAGGAGCACUCCAAGCAGUACCGCUCACUCUCCUUCCAGCCUGAGCACAGCAUGCAGCUGACCCCACUGGUGCUGGAGGUGUUUGGCAGUGAGGUGUCAUAGCAGAGGCACAUAUGACAUGCAGACACCUCAGCAAAUGCAUCAUGGUUAACCAAGCCUUACCACCCUUUCUCAGUUAAACCCAGCUCGGAUAUAACUCUGGACAUGUGGGGACACAAUAGGUACACAAUAACUUUAACCUCAUCUUCCCACUACUCCUCCCAUUCUUUUCCACCUCUUCUUCAUCCUGACAUUGACCCACAAGAGCCAGAUACCUGUACAGCUUUGACCUCUAUUCUGACUGUAGGUGUCUGGGGCAGAUGGUCAUCCUGAUAACUUUCCAUCUACAAACUCUAACGUUACCUUUCAUCUUCAUCUCAGUUUCCCCAAACAUCACUGCUAGACUCCUCCCACAAUUUUUAGGUCAUUUGAGGAGUGGAUUGUAACUUCAGUAACAUUAAUCUCUGCUCAUACCAUUGCAACAACAGACGGGAAUAGAUGUACAUAAAAUUGUCUCUUAAUCAUGCUGGGAUUCGUGAGAUGCAGCUAAAUUGCUAGCAGUGCGGCUGCAUUAGUGUUAGCUAUAAAUUAUUAACAGUUUGUUAACAGCAAAGGCAUCUUAAACAUGUAACAUUGGCAUCGCAUUAGCACUGGUGUUUGCUGGGAUUGGACCAUUUUCCAUAAACCCUAAACAGAAUGCACACGGAUAGUUAAUGGAUGGCUAACAGCCAGGAUGUAAUGGAAAUAUGUGUUUGACAAAUGUUAAAACACCAGGCUCUUCUCAGUAACAAUUAACCCUUACCAUCUGGUGUGGUUCCCCAACUUUGUCCUGACUGUGUCUAUUACUAUAUGUAUGCAAGAAAAUAAUUCAGAAGAAGAAAUGUUUAAGGAUAGCUUUCAGUCACUGAAUGACGGGAAGGAAGGUGAGAUUAGGCAAAUUUUAAAAAGCAAGUUGGUACCGAUAAAAUUCCCUGUUCACAGUACAAAAGGGAAUGUUGCAAAACACGAAUGUAUGUAUGUAUGUAUAAUGCUCGAUAAAAUACAAAUGAAAAUCUUA